AUGCGCACGGGUGCCUUUUACCACCAGGCGCUGGAUGACUGUGGCUGUCUGCCUUGGGCGGCAGCGUGCCCGCCCGGCCCCUUCUCCCGCUACCCGCUCCUGCCGAGGAUCGGCACCGCCUCCUCUCCCCGAUUCAAGACGCAGACAGUCAUGGCGAAGCAGUUCGGGGCCAUCCACGUGGGCACCUACUUGGAGAUCAAGCGGAGCGACGGGAGGAUCCACCCGGCGUUGGUCACGGCGCUGCACGAGGACGCCAGCAGCGUGACCGUCGAGUGGAUCGAGAAAGGAGUCAACAAGGGCAAGAAGGUGGAGCUGGGCCUCGCCUUCUCGCUCAACCCUCAUUUGGCACCGAUGGAGCUCAGCCCCGAGGCGCUCUCGGCGCCCACGCCGUCGGAUCAAGGGGAUCACCCCACCCCGCCGCAGAACUACGUGGUGACCCCCAUUCAGAAGGAGAAGUCGGGCGGCGACAGCGAGGAUCGCGACUUCAACAAGAGGCCCCCGUCGACGGGGACGGCGGGCAAGAUCAGCCCCAGCCCCGCGCGCAAAUCGCCGUGCGUCCUGGAGGUGGAGAGGAUGCGCGAGCGGCGAGAGAAGCGACACUUGGAGUUCAUGGAGAGGCGAGCGCGGCGCGGCGCCAGCGGCGCGCACCCGCACGCGGAUGUGAUCGCCGUGAUCGAGCAGUACCGCGCCGCUUUGCAGCACGGCGGCUCCGCUCUCCUGGCUCAAACGUGCCCCCUGGAGCCCACCCGCGGCUGUGCGCGCAAAAUCUGCGUGUGCGUCCGCAAGAGGCCCCUCAACCAGCGCGAGGAGGAGCUGAAGGAGGUUGACGUGGUGACCAUCCCUUCCUCGGACGUGGUGAUGGUGCACGAAGCCAAGCAGAAACUGGAUCUCACCCGCUACCUGGAGAACCAGACCUUCCGCUUCGACCACGCCUUCGACGACCAAGCGUCCAACGAAAGUGUCUACAAGCACACGGCGCAACCUCUGGUGGAGAUCAUCUUCAAAGGAGGCAUGGCCACGUGCUUUGCCUAUGGGCAGACGGGCAGCGGCAAGACCCACACAAUGGGAGGUGACUUCUCUGGCAAGAGGCAGGAUUCUUCGAAAGGGAUCUAUGCUAUGACUGCCCGGGACGUCUUCUGCCUGCUGCAGGAGCCCACUUACAAAAUCCUGGAGCUCCAGGUCUUUGGGGCUUUCUUCGAGAUCUAUUGGGGGAAGGUCUAUGACCUACUGAACUGGAAGAAGCGGCUGAGGGUGCUUGAGGAUAGCAACCAACAGGUCCAGGUGGUGGGUCUCCUGGAACAGGAAGUGGUCUGCGUGGAAGACGUGAUGAGGCUCAUUGAGAUAGGGAAUCGGUGCAGAACUUCUGGCCAGACCUCAGCAAAUGCCCACUCGUCCCGAAGCCACGCCGUUUUCCAGAUCAUCCUAAAGAGGAGAGGGAGGCUGCAUGGUAAGUUUUCCUUGAUUGAUUUAGCCGGCAAUGAGCGAGGAGCCGAUACCUCCAGUGCGGACCGGCAAACCAGGCUGGAGGGUGCAGAGAUCAACAAGAGCCUAUUGGCACUUAAGGAAUGCAUCAGGGCUUUGGGUCGCAACAAAGGUCACACGCCCUUCCGGGCCAGUAAACUGACUCAGGUGUUAAGGGACUCCUUUAUCGGAGAAAACUCCUGCACCUGCAUGAUCGCCACCAUUUCUCCAGGGAUGAGGUCGUGUGAGCACACACUCAACACACUGAGGUACGCCAAUCGGGUGAAAGAGCUGGCAGUGGACACAAGCGCCUUCCGACAGCUCCAGCCCGCCUUGCCGAGAUCCAUCUUUCAGCUGGAUGACUUGACCAGGCCCUGGACAGUCCAGAGCUUGCCCGAGACAGAUGAGUUCAAAGUGUUCUGCGUACAGAAUGAGGACCAGGUCUCUCCGGCAACCCUUACCUUCAUUGCCAGGGGGAGAGGCCAGAAGAAGAGGAAAGAGAUGGAUGAGAAAGCUCUGGUGGAGGAGCACCAAGAGCCUCUCCGGUGGCUGAAAGGGUUUCUGAAAAUGGCUGACGAUGCAGACUAUGACAUGGAUUUUUACGCCUCUCAGUUUGAAGCUGUUCUGGCCCAGAAGAUCGCCAUUCUGUCUGAGAUCCAAGAUAAAGUGAAAUUGUUCCGUAAGAACCUCUGCAGGGAAGAACCGGGCAGCAAUCAUGUCAUUGUGAAGAGAUCUCGUGUUCUGUGAAUUGGCAUGAUCCUGUUCCACUUUCUUCUUUUUCCAUGUCAGCUUAUGUCAAGGUUUACACAACAUCAUGCCUCUCCAGCCACCUGACAAUGUGGCAACUUAAAGAAUACUUAAACCUCCCAUCUCUACAUGGGUGUCCGUUUUGUCUUUAAUGCCAGGGCGGAAAGUCUCCUGAGAGAAUCUCCAAAUGCUUCUAUUAGUGUCCUAAAAUAACAUGUUGUUGAGUUGAGCACACA